AUGUAGGACCAAAUUAACUAAGAAAUCGAAGAAAAUAGAGCUCUGAGAAAUAAUUACAAAAAAAACAUCACGAGAAUGUUUAUGAAGUUUCUUAGCACUGUAGAUGAAGAAACCUAUGAUUUGAUUAAAUAAGAAUUUAAAAAAAAAGUGCCAGACUUAAAAUUUAUUAUAAAAAAGUAUGACCUGAGAAAAAAAUUUGAGAGUUUUUUCAUGCAUUUUCCUAGAUUAUACUUCUCAUCAGAAAUCCAAAACAAACAAGAUAAGUUGAGCACAUAUUUUGAUUGCGUAACUUACAUGUAUGAAGAUAUGUUUUUACCUAAAAAAAAGUGA